AUGCCUGUGACUCUCGAUAAUAUCCAAUUUUAUGAAGGCCCUUCAAAGCCUCCCAAGCCACCGCAUUCCGCAUUCAGCAGCAGGGGGUAUUUUACUGGCGUAUUUCCGUCGUCUGAGAGACCUACAAAUAAUCAGAAGCACCAGCAGACUGCCGUUUUACAGAACGAGUUUGAUAUGGAACUGAGAAAGAGCUUGGAGGAAGAACUUCCGCCUUUGGCCAAUGACGAUGCCCUCGAAGGCGCUUCUUGCGAUUCACUGCCGACAUUUGAUUUGGGUUACCAAGAGGAUUUUGACAGAGACUUACCCCUUGAUCCGCCAGCAAUCCGCCGCUCAUCGAGACUAAUCCUGUGGUACUCGUCCGGCCGGACUCUGCAAAUUGGAUUGGCGAUGCAAACCAAUCGACUGAAGUGGAAGUCGCGCGACAGAGAGAAAAGACGUUUCCUCUUAGAUACCCAUGCGCGGUGCGUUUCAUCUGAUAUAUUCACUUCUGUGUGUGAGCGCUCUACAGAUACCUCGCCUUCUUCCCGAUCAGUUUCUCUCGCAGCUGAACCCUCAGAAGAGGAUUCUUUGUUGAGUCUCGCUUCGGAAGAUCACAGCAAAGAAAAAUAUGAUACGCACCCGUACGCAGGAAAGGAAGCUAUGCGCGAUUCGAAUAGUUGCUCUGUGACCACUACUCUUCCAAGCAGCCCUGGACAAGUCACCCCGGAACGGGCGGACACGGCUGAGGCGAUGGAUCUUGAGUCGCCGGCUAUGUCCAAGUCAUUAUGUAUUCCGGAUGAAUAUACUACAGGUUCGAAAAAGAUAAAAAUGAGAAAAGGGAGAAAUGAAAGCGAGAGGACAAGCAAAAAACCAUGUCACAAAGGGAAGUACCCUUCUGUUACUGUUGUCAUACCCCCGUUGCGAUCACGAACAACAGGAAUUGCGCGAUCGAAUUCUCAGUCAGUCGCAUUCAACAUGUCUCUUUGUGGAGGCGGUGAGAGGUCUGACGAUUCCUCGGAAGGGGACUUCACAACAGACAAUCUCCAACCAGGAUUCUCUGAUAGGGAACGCAUUGAGGUCUUAGAUUGCAAGCACACUCGUACAAGCACAGCCUCUUCAUACUAA